AUGGCUGACAAGAACCAUCCCAACAUUGUGAGGCUUCUUGGCUUUGCCAUCGGAGGCGACUUGAGGUCACGGGCAGAGCAAGUGCUCAUCUAUGAAUACGUGCCCAAUGGCGACCUUCGCCAAUGGAUCGAUCCUAAUGCCGACCGCCCUCUGACUCUGAAGCAGCAGUUGGACAUUCUGACGGGCAUGGCACGGGGCGUUGAGUACCUGCACAGCUUUGGCAUCGUGCAUCGCGAUAUCAAUCCUGCCAACAUCCUCAUCACCGACACCAUGCAGGCAAAGAUUGCAGACUUUGGGUUGGUAAGGACGGGGGAGGGCACUUCCGUAGGCACUACUCGGGUGAUGGGCACGCCGGGCUAUGUGGAUCCAGCCUACUUCAGCACGUGCAAGGCCACCACUGCCAGCGAUGUGUACAGCUUUGGAGUGCUCAUGCUGGUCGUGUUCACGGGACGCCCACCAUUUGUGGAGGCUGAUGAAGCGGGUCAGCUGGUCACAAAAUGGGCGUCGGACUGCCUCUCCUCGGGGGACUUGGACAGCCUCAAGCACCCCACCGUGGACGCCCCUGCAGAUGCUGUGCUGCGUGUGGUUGAGCUCGCCCUCUCCUGCACCGUGGAGCGCACUGCAGCCCGCCCAAGCAUGGCGCACGUCGCCAACGAGCUGCAGGCCAUCCGGGAGGAGGUGGUGGGGAAAGAGGAGCUGAGCGCGGCAGUGAAGGUGGAUGUGCAGGUCCAGGAGAGGGAGGCUGUUGCCAGUGCGUUAAGCCUCGACGAACAGCUUCAGUUUCUAGAUGACAACUUGGCUGAAGGAUAA